ACGGUUGGCAGAUAAAUGGCGCCAAAAGUAAAGAAAGAAAAUUCUUUUAUCUCCCAUUUCUGUUCCAUCCAUUUCUUCUUCCUCCUUCACUUUUUCUCUUUCUCUUUUUUUUCCUCUGCAAAUUUCAACCUUUUACCAUGUCUGUGAAGCUCCAUAUUCCCUCUACAUAAUAUACUAAGGUAUUAUGACGAUAAUUAUGUUACAAUUAGAAUUUCCUUUAAUAAAUGUCACAGACGAAUCCAGAAUCUAAAAGUCGUAAGUACACCAUUUAAUUAAUAUUUUUACAUGCUUCUAAAAUUUUAAACACCUUUUCAGUUUUUAUCUUUAUUGCAUGGACGUCAAACGUUUUUUUUGUUUAAUCAUCUGGUAUCUGAAAUCCACCAGCUCGACUAAUCUGGAUUCGUGCUGCGUAGAACUAGUUAAGAGAAAAGUGCUUCCUUUCAGGAAUUUCUCCAUUCCCGAGCUCAAAUGGGAGGUCUCCAGUAAAGAUACCAGAGGCGGAUCCAAAAUUCGAUAGUCACGGGGGCACCAUUAUAUUCAAUAUUAAUUUAUCACUACUCAUAGAGAUUGGUACGGGGGCAUUUGUUAAUAUUUGACUAUUUUUUGAAAAAAUUAACAAGUAUAUAUACAUGAAGUUUUUGUCGAAUUUUUCGGGUGCCGGUGACCCCUCUGCCUACAAUGUAGGCUCGCCUACCAUUUUGAUGCAUUUUGUUGAGAUAUCCAUACGAUGAAAUUUAGAGUUGAAACUCAAAUUACAGAUCUUACUAUAUGAUAAUUGUAUGGGAGUUUUAUGAAAUGGGAAAAGUUUGAUCAAAAUUUGAUGCCAUGUUACCCUAAAUAUGAAUUGGGAAAUUUAAAGAUGCAAUUCAUUUUAUAGAUCUUGCUCUAUGUAUUUGUAUGGUAUGGGGGUUUCGUGUAAAGGAAAGUGUUUGAAUGAAUCUCAUGUGAUUUUACCUUGAAUAUAUAUCUUUGAUUUUAACAAAGGCAAUUCACUAUUUGCUGCUAUUUAUUUCUUUUCCUUUUGCCACUUCUCUUUUUCUUUCUAAGUUUUUACAUUGAUGCAUCAUGAAUUCAUAUUUGAGAUGGGGAAUUUCUUUUCAUAAUAAAGAUCUAUUUUGAAUUGUUAUUUAGUUUCAUUUCUUAGAAGGGGAACUUUGGAGCAAUAGUAAAGUUAUCUCCGGGUGACCUACGUGUUCGAGCCGUGGAAGCAGCCACUAAUACUUGCAUUAGGGUAGGCUGUCUACAUCACACCCUUGGAGUGUGACCCUUCUCCGGACUCUGAGCUAAAGUUGUCUCCGUGUGGCCUUUAGGUCACAGGUUCGAGCCGAGGAAGCAGCUAUUAAAACUUGCAUUAGGAUAGGCGGUUUACAUCACACCCUUGGAGUGCGGCCCUUCUCCGGACCCUGCGAUAAAGUUCUCUUCGUGUGGUCUAUAGGUCACGAGUUCAAGCCGUGGAAGCAGUCAUUAAAACUUGCAUUACGGUAUUGGAAGCAGGAAGAUUUUAAUUUGAUUAAGUAGUAAAUUAACAAGAUUUUACUAUAUGGGAAAGAGCUUGAAACAUCAAGAUCCUAGUAUUAGUCCAGAAAAUCCUAAGGGAUGCAUGUGGGGAAUACUUCACAAUUUGAAUCACAACCGAUGGCAACAAGUCAGGAAACACCUCCCACACAAAAGGCAGAGCUGUGGAAAGCAGAUUGCUGAUGCAGGGGAUAAUGCAACAACUACUGAUUCUGGUGAUAUGCAAGAAAGAGUAGAAGGCAAAUUGGAGAAUUCCUCUAUUGUAGCGAAAACUACAGCACCGGGUCAAGUGUCCAAAAGUUCAAUGUUAUCUCGGAUAAGAUCUUUGAUUACAGAAGAAACAACUAAGAAAAAGGGUAGGCAUCGCAGAAGUUCAUCGUGUCCUAUACAGCUCGAACGAAUUAAUUCUAUUCAUCAUCUAGAUCUUGCUGAGCUACAGUCUUCUCAUGAAAUUCCCUUAGUUGACAAUACUUUGGAGAAGGAGAAUUAUUCUGUUGCCAGUCUAUUAGACCCUCCGACAAAAAAGACACUCGAGCCUAUUGAAUCAGAAAACAUGAGAAAGGACUUAUCUUCACUGCAGCUACAUAGUACUCAGGCAUCCAAAUCAAGGUUUGACUUUAUCAAGUCGGUUUCAUUUCCUUCAUGUGGCUCACGGGGAAGAAGAGCUGUCAGGUCGAGGAAUCAUAAGAACAAGCUGGAAUGUGACUAUUAUGCAAAAGGGGAAAAUGAGUCCGGUUUUGCAGAACAGUUGAAUAGCCAUUCAGUGACAUCAACGGAUUUGAGUAGCGACGAUGAUGAUGUUGGAAAACAUGUGCAGACGAGACUUGAAUCAUUUAACGUCUCUCCACGUUCACCUCGAGCAGAAAAGAAACAUCACGAGAGUAAACUCAUCAUCAAUCGUUUUAAGAAUCUACGAAGAAAAAUAAGGCAUGCACUUAAGGAGAGUAGAAAAGACAGGCGAAUUAUUAUGGAUGCUGUCCUUCAUAAGGUUCCACACGGUCGUGGAUCAUCCAAAAAGGGAAACAAUACAGUUGAGGAGAAAACUACAGAUAGACAUGUGAAAUACUUCCCGGGGAGUACUUGUACUCAUUGCAGUUCUCCGUUUAGCAAGAGUGAAAUGAAAUACUUUAGGAGAACAUCAUCUGUCAAUGAAUCAUUGGACAGAUAUAAUCAAUUACUUGACUCCUGCUUCUAUAGGGAAGGAAAACAGGACGGUUUUGAUAGGUCGAGUUUUAGAGCAUCUCGAUCACCUUCACCAGCUAGAAGUAGUAGCCCUAUAGGCAGCCUAGAGAGGAUUCUUUCUAUGCCUGAUCUCAGGUAUUACUCUUCUUUCAAACUUGAGGACUCUCCUGAACCCGGUUACUCAUCAUAUAAACUAGCUAGAGCUGCAUCGAGCAACAACUUAAGUGUCGGAAGUACCAAGUCCAACGAACAGAAGUCCCUCAAUAUCCCUUUAGGUUCAGAAAACCAAACUGAAAAAGGUUACUAUUCGGAUUCCAAGAGUACAAUUUUUCUUGAUGUCAACGAGACGUUUGAUGAUUUUGGUGGCUUAAAGACAGACGAGAACUCUUCCUCGGUUGAAAAUAUUAUUGGAGUCACUUCAUCUCUUAAUUCAAAAUUAGAUAAAUCAAUUCCUCUUCCUCUUCCUGAUAUUAUUUUUCAGAAUGCUACUAGCCCAGCUAGGCUCUCGGCAUCUAAAGGUGCAGAAGAGGAUACAGUGACUACCGAUAAAAAGGGAAUUUCAGCUAGUGAAAUCAACAAAUUUCAUUUGCAAAUUCAGGUUGAUAAGAGAUAUAAACCUGAAUUCAAUUAUGUAAAAGAUGUACUAGAACUAUCUGGCUUCAGUGGAAAUGAUCAGUUUCUAGGAAAAUGGCAUUCUACUGACCAUCCAGUGAAUCCUUCAGUAUUUGAGGAAUUGGAAAUUUGUGCUGAUAUGUCAUGUGAUCAACUGCUUUUGUUUGAUUUAAUCAAUGAGGUCUUGUUACAAAUUUAUGAGAGAUCAUGUUCCUACUGGCCAAAGUCGUUAACAUGUCGUUCUUUUAUCCAAACAAUGCCUGUUGGUUACCAUGUUCUUGGGGAGGUUUGGACUGAUAUAAACUCGUGUCUCGAAUCUGAAAUGAAGAUUGAUCAACCAAUCGAUGAUGCUGUGAGUCGUGAUCUAGCAAAAGAUGACACUUGGAUGAACCUUCAGUUUAAUGCUGUGUGUGUUGGACUGGAGCUCGAGGAUCUCAUAUUAAAUGAUCUUAUAGAAGAGCUGAUUUUCAUUUGAUACAUCGGACAUUGCUUGGUCAACUUAAUGCUCUAGAAUUAUAGCCCAUAAUUUUUGGCUGUGGUACGGGAAGGAGAGGUGAGAUCUACUCAUUGAUAUUAUAUUAGACGAGCAGUCAGACUAUGAUCGUUUCGAGACAUGGCCACAUGGGCACAAAGUGUGACGCGCUAUACUCAAGAAUGAAUUGUUAUGUGGUCAGUAAACUCUUUCCUUUCUGCUCGCAGCCUAUCAAAGGAUCACGUGUUUUUCUAUGCAAAUGGAAUCUUGAGCACAUAUUUGUUCACAAAAUUCUGAGACUGUACAGAUUUUGGUAGAUUAGGCAGUAAAGCUUGGGGAUGUAGAAUAUUGUUGGGACUUUUUGUACUAUAAUAAUAACGACGACAACAACAUACCCAGUAUUUUUUUUGUACUAUAAGAAGCUGGAAAAAGCUUCUCCUAACAAAGCCAGCAGGGUUAAUUUUCUGCUCUUCUAAAGAAUUGACACAUGUACUGUAUGGCCAAAUUUUCUAAUAUUUUCUAAUUAAAGGAUUACUAUAUGUUACUAGGAGAAUUUGAACCGAUUCCAAGAAGUUCUGCCUCAGGCUUGCGAGCCCAAAUUGGAUUUUUGGGUCCUGUUACAUAAAAUACAGAGGAGAAGAGGAGCCUAUGGACAUUAAGCUAGGUGAAUCUUAGUAGUUAAGUUGGUUAGUUGCCUAAAAUUUUACCUUGUUGGUGAGAGUAUGAUUUUCAUCUUGUAAUUCCCUCCUUGUUUCCCUUUUAAGAACAAAUUGUAAGGCUUUAAAGGAACUCUUAAGAAAGAUGUCAAGACCUUCAAUGAAUCAAUGUAAAAUAUAUUUUCGCUA